AUGGAAAUUUUAAUUUCUGUUGUUGCAAAAAUAGCAGAAUAUACCGUUGUGCCUAUUGGACGUCAAGCAAGUUACUUGAUAUUCUACAAAGGUAACUUCAAGACGUUAAAGGAUCAUGUUGAAGAUCUUGAGGCUGCAAGAGCAAGAAUGAUCCAUUCGGUUGAAAGAGAAAGGGGAAAUGGUAAAGAAAUUGAAAAAGAUGUUCUGAAUCGGUUGGAGAAAGUGAACGAGGUUAUUGAAAAGGCGAAUGGGCUCCAAAACGAUCCUCGCAAUGCCAAUGUUAGCUGCUCAGCAUGGCCGUUCCCCAACUUGAUUUUACGACAUCAACUAAGUAGGAAAGCCACAAAAAUUUUAAAAGAUGUUGUUCAAGUUCAAGGAAAAGGGAUUUUUGAUCAAGUUGGCUACCUUCCCCCUCUAGAUGUAGUAGCCUCUUCCUCAACAAGAGAUCGUGAAAAGUAUGACACAAGAGAGUCACUUAAGGAGGACAUUGUGAAAGCUUUAGCAGAUUCUACUUCAUGCAACAUUGGGGUCUAUGGUUUGGGUGGGGUGGGUAAGACCACUCUUGUGGAGAAAGUUGCUCAAAUAGCCAAGGAACAUAAGUUGUUCGAUAGAGUGGUUGAGAUAGAAGUAUCGAAAAAUCCAGACUUUAAAAAGAUUCAAGGGGAGAUUGCAGAUUUCUUGGGUCUGCGAUUUGAAGAGGAGACUAUUCUUGGCAGAGCACAUCGCCUAAGACAAAGAAUCAAGAUGGAGAAAAGUAUCCUUAUCAUUCUAGAUAACAUAUGGACCAUACUUGAUUGGAAAGAAGUGGGGAUACCAGUUGGUGAUGAACAUAAUGGUUGCAAAUUGUUGAUGACAAGUAGAGAUCAAGGUCUGUUGCUGCAAAUGGGUGUUCCAAAGGAUUUCACUUUCAAAGUUGAAGUUAUGAGUGAAAACGAGACAUGGAGAUUGUUUCAAUUGAUGGCAGGUGAUGUAGUUAAUGAUAGCACUUUGAAAGAUGUAGCAAUUCAGAUUGCCCAAAAAUGUGAAGGUUUGCCUCUUAUGGUAGUGACCGUAGCGCAUGGAAUGGAAAAUAAGAGGGACGUUCAAUAUUGGAAAUAUGCGUUAAGGAAACUACAAAGUAAUGAUCAUAGCGAGAUGAAUGCAAAAACUUAUUCUGCUUUUGAAUUGAGUUACAACUCAUUGGAGAGUGAUGAAAUAAGGGAUCUCUUCUUGCUUUUUGCAUUACUGCCAGAUACUGUUGUAGAGUACUCUCUGAGAGUUGCAAUGGGUUUGGACAUAUUAAAUCAUACCAUUGAUGAUGCAAGAAUCAUACUUUAUAGAGUAAUCGAAUCUUUGGAGGCAACUUGUCUUUUGCUUGGUGUUAAAAAAAGGGGAAAGAUCCAAAUGCAUGACUUGGUUCGAGAUUUCGCUAUCUUCAUAGCAUGUAGGGACAAACAUGUAUUUCUAAAGAAACAGUCUUACGAGGGAUGGCCAACCAAGGACUUUUUAAAAAGGUGCACGCAAAUUGUUCUAGAUGAGUGUCAUAUGCAUGGGCUUCCUCAAAUAAUUGAUUGUCCAAACAUUAAGCUUUUCUAUUUGCGCGGUAGGAAUCGUUCAUUAGAAAUCCCGGAUAAUUUUUUUGAGGAUAUGGGAAGCCUUAGAGUGUUAGAUUUAACAUCUUUGAACUUCUCUUCAUUACCCACUCCAUUUUGGUUCUUAACGGACCUUAAAACGUUGUGUUUGGAUCAUUGUGUUUUGGAAAAUAUGCAUGCAAUAGAAGCUUUGCAAAAUUUAGAAAUUCUUAGCUUGUGGAAUUCUUCAAUGACCAAGUUCCCAAUAGAAAUAGGGAAAUUGACUCAAUUGAGAAUGCUUUAUUUGAGCCAUUUAGGAAUAGAAGUGGUCCCACCCAACAUCAUAUCAAACUUGACUAAAUUGGAGGAGUUGUACAUGGGAAAUACCUCUAUUAAUUGGGAAGAUGUGAAUUCAACGGUUCAAAAUGAACAUGCUAGUAUUGCUGAGCUUCGAAAGCUACCCAACUUGAAAGCUCUAGAAUUACAAAUCCGUGAGACUUGGAUGUUGCCAAGGGACUUACGAUUGAUGUUUGAGAAGCUGGAAAGAUAUAAAAUAGCUAUUGGAGAUGUAUGGGACUGGUCUGACAUUGAGGAUGGAACCUUAAAAACAUUGAUGCUCAAACUUGGUACAAACAUACAAUUCGAGCAUGGAAUUAAAGCAUUGAUUAAAGGUGUUGAGAAUUUGUACUUGGAUGAUGUAGAUGGAAUUCAAAAUGUGCUUUAUCAACUAAAUGGGGAAGGAUUUCCAUUUCUGAAACAUCUCCACAUCCAAAAUAAUGCAAACAUGAAGCACAUUGUUGACUCUAAAGAGAGGAAUCAAAUCCAUGUGUCGUUUCCCAUCUUGAAAACACUAGUACUUCUUAAUCUUAAAAAUUUGGAGCAUAUUUUUCAUGGUCAACCUUCAAUUGCUUCUUUUGGAAAACUCAGUGUUAUCAAAGUCAAAAACUGCAUCCAAUUAAAAUAUCUAUUUUCCUAUGCAGUAGUUAAAGAACUUUCCCACAUUUCUAAUAUUGAAGUUUGUGAGUGCAAUUCUCUGAAGAAAGUAGUGUUUGGAGACAACAAUUCAAGUGCAAAAAAUGAUAUCACUGAUGAAAAAAUCGAGUUUCUUCAAUUGCGUUCUUUGACUUUAGAACAUUUGGAGACACUUGAUAAUUUCGCCUCUGAUUAUUUGACACAUCAUAGAAGUAAGGAAAAGUAUCAAGGUCUAGAGCCUUAUGCUUAUACUACACCAUUUUUUAAUAAUGCUCAGGUUGCAUUUCCUAAUUUGGAUGCCCUUAAAUUGAGCUCACUUCUCAAUUUGAAUCAAAUUUGGGAUGACAAUUAUCAAUCAAUGUGCAACUUGACUAGCUUGAUUGUGGAUAAUUGUGUUGGAUUGAAGUAUUUAUUCUCCUCUACUUUGGUUGAAAGUUUUAUGAACCUCAAACAUCUUGAAAUAAGUAAUUGUCCUAUCAUGGAGGAGAUUAUAGCUAAAACAGAGAGAAAUAAUGCAGUAAAAGAGGUUAAUUUUUUGAAAUUAGAGAAAAUCAUACUGAAGGAUAUGGCCAGCUUGAAGACAAUAUGGCAUUACCAAUUUGAAACAUCGAAGGUGUUGGAAGUGAACAAUUGUAAGAAAAUUGUGGUGGUUUUUCCUUCUUCAAUGCAAAAUACAUAUAAUGAGCUUGAGAAGUUGGAGGUUACAAAUUGUAAUUCAGUUGAAGAGAUAUUUGAAUUGACUUUCAAUGAAAAUAACAGUGUAGAGGAUACAACACAUUUGAAAGAAGUUACUAUAGAUGGAUUGUGGAAUUUGCAAAAGAUAUGGAGUGAAGAUCCUCAAGGGAUUCUUAGUUUUCAAAAUCUUAUAACUGUACAAGUAGUAAGUUGUGAAAGCUUGGAGUAUUUACUACCAUUCUCCGUAGCCACUCGUUGCUCACAUCUUAAGAAACUCGGUAUAAAAUGGUGUCGGAACAUGAAGCAAAUUGUUGCAGAGGAGAAAGAAUCUAGAGUGAAUGCAGCUACCAUAUUUGAGUUUAACCAGCUUAGUAUUUUAUUGCUUUGGGGCUUAUAUAAACUCAAUGGUUUCUAUGCUGGAAAUCAUACUCUAGCAUGCCCAUCUUUGAAGGAAAUUAGUGUUUCCAAAUCUACAAAGUUGAAUUUGUUCAGAACUCUAUCCAAUUUUCAUGAUAACAAACACUCUGUUUCAACGGAGCAACCACUUUUCAUUGCUGAAGAGGUGAUUCCAAACUUGGAGUUGUUGAGGAUGGUACAGGCAGAUGCUGACAUGAUAUUGAAAACCCAGAACCCAAGUUCCCUCUUUAGCAAAAUGACCAGUCUUGGUUUGGCUUGCUAUAACACGGAAGAGGCAAGAUUUCCUUAUUGGUUUCUUGAAAAUGUGCAUACUCUUGAGUCACUAUUUGUUGAGUGGAGUUGCUUCAAGAAGAUAUUUCAAGAUAAAGGAGAAAUAACUGAGAAGACUCAUCCACAUAUCAAAAGACUGACAUUGAAUGAAUUACCUAAACUUCAACAUAUAUGCGAGGAAGGAUCCCAAAUUGACCCAGUUCUUGAGUCCCUUGAAUACUUACAUGUUGAUAGUUGUUCUAGUCUGACAAAUUUGAUGCCUUCCUCCGUCAACCUUAAUCAUCUUGCAAAGUUAGAGAUAACAGAAUGCAAUGGGCUAAAAUAUUUGAUCUCAACUCUUACUGCACGCAGUUUGGACAAGCUCACUGUGCUGAAGAUAAAAGGUUGUAAUUCACUUGAAGAAGUAGUUAAUGGAGUAGAAAAUGUUGACAUUGCUUUUAUUAGUUUACAAACUUUGAUGUUGGAAUGUUUGCCAAGCCUCAUCAAGUUUUGCUCUAGUAAGUGUUUCAUGAAGUUCCCUUUGUUGGAGAAAGUAAUUGUGAGGGAAUGUUCUUGUAUGAAGAUUUUUUCUGCUGGAGACACAAGCACACCAAUUCUUCGAAAAGUCAAAAUUGCAGAAAAUGAUUCAGAAUGGCAUUGGAAGGGAAACCUAAACAAUACAAUAUACAACAUGUUUGAAGAUAAGCUGGGAUUUGGUAGUUUCAAGCAUUUAAUACUAUCUGAAUAUCCCGAGUUAAAAGAGUUGUGGUAUGGUCGACUUGAGCAUAAAGCAUUUAGGAGUUUGAAGCAUCUAGUGGUUCAUAAAUGUGAUUUUUUAUCCGAUGUGCUAUUUCAACCUAACUUGCUAGAAAUGUUGAUGAACUUGGAAGAAUUAGAGGUUGAAGAUUGUAAUUCAUUAGAAGCAGUUUUUGAUUUGAAAGGUGAAUUUGCAAAAGAAAUUGUUGUGCAUAAUUCUACUCAAUUAAAGAAAUUAAAACUAUCUAAUCUUCCAAAACUGAAGCAUGUAUGGAAAGAGGAUCCACAUUACACACUGAGGUUUGAAAAUUUAAGUGAUGUUUCUGUUGUGGGAUGCAAAAGCUUGAUGAGCCUCUUUCCACUCUCAGUUGCUAGAGAUAUGAAGCAACUUCAAAGUCUUCAAGUAAGUAAAUGUGGGAUUGAAGAAAUUGUGGCCAAGGAAGAAGGACCAGAUGAGAUGGUUAAAUUUGUGUUUCUUCAUUUAACAUCCAUUAAACUUUAUGAUUUGACCAAACUUAAGGCAUUCUUUGUUGGGGUUCAUUCUCUUCAAUGUAAAUCAUUGAAAACAAUCAACUUGUUUCGAUGUCCAAAAAUAGUGCUAUUUAAGGCAGAGUCUUUGAGACACAAAGAAAGUUCCAGAAAUGAUGUGCUCAAUAUCUCAACAUAUCAAGCUCUUUUUGUGAUUGAAGAGGAGGUACUUACAAGUGUUGAGAGUACAACUCAAAUUAGCCCGCGACUUAGAGAGUUGAAAUUAUGGUACCUGGCUAAGCUUCGAUAUAUAUGCAAAGAAGGAUUUCAAAUGGAUCCUUUUCUGCAUUUUCUUGAAAGAAUUGAUGUUUACCAAUGUUCCAGUCUGAUAAAGUUGGUUCCGUCCUCGGUUACCUUUAGUUACAUGACCUAUUUGGAGGUAUCAUACUGCAAUGGGUCGAAAAAUUUGAUAACACACUCAACAGCAAAGAGUCUUGUCAAACUCAGAACAAUGAAGAUUCAAAUGUGUAAUUGGCUUGAGGAUAUUGUGAACGGUAAAGAAGAUGAGACAAACGAGAUUUCAUUUUGCAGUUUACAAACUCUAAAACUAAUUUCUUUACAAAGGCUAUGUCGAUUUUGCUCAUGCUUAUGCCCCAUUAAGUUUCCCAUGCUGGAAGUUGUAGUUGUCAAAAAAUGUCCUCAAAUGGAACAUUUUUCAUUGGGAGUGGCCAACACACCAAAUCUUCAAACUGUAGAAAUUGACGAAGAAAAUCAUUGGGACGGUGACCUCAACCGAACCGUAAAGAAUCUGUGUGAUGAGAAGGAGGAUUUGAUGGUUUAG